AUGUCUGGUGGACAAAUGGCAAUUCCAGACCUGUCUAAUGCCGUUAUGGCGCAAGACGAGAUGGGUCGACCGCUGAUUAUUGUGCGGGAUCAAGGCACAAAGCAGCGGGCGCACGGUAUCGAGGCGGUCAAGUCCCAUAUUCUUGCAGCAAAGUCUGUGGCAAGUAUUGUGCGAACAUCUUUGGGCCCCCGCGGAAUGGACAAGAUCCUGAUUUCGCAGGACGGUGAUAUCACGGUGACCAACGAUGGUGCCACGAUUUUGUCACAGAUGCAGGUCGAGAACCAGAUCGCAAAGUUACUGGUUGAGCUGUCCCGCUCGCAGGACGAGGAAAUUGGCGACGGCACUACUGGCGUAGUUGUUUUGGCCGGUGCUCUUCUUGAGCAGGCGUACGAGCUUAUCGAUCGGGGUAUUCACCCUAUUCGUAUUGCCAAUGGCUACGAGGAUGCUUGCCAGGUCGCCAUCAAGGAACUGGACAGAAUCGCCGACGAGGUUCCGCUGGAUUCGGACAACGCGAACCUGUUGCGGGCUGCAAGGACUUCUUUGGGCUCGAAGGUUGUUUCGGAAAGCAAGGAUCUGUAUGCCCAGAUCGCUGUGGAUGCUGUUUUGGGUGUCGCCGACCGCGAACGCAAAGACGUGGACUUUGAGCUGAUCAAGGUUAUGGGCAAGACUGGUGGCUCUCUGCGCGACUCAGUGUUGGUGAAGGGUGUUAUUAUUGAUAAAGAGAUGUCUCACCCCCAGAUGCCCCGCACAGUUGAGGACGCCAAGAUUGCUAUCCUGACCUGCCCCUUUGAGCCCCCCAAGCCCAAAACCAAACACAAGCUGGACAUUACCAGUGUUGAGGAGUUCAAGAAGCUUCAGGAGUAUGAGCAGGAGACGUUUAGAGGAAUGGUUCAGAGGAUUAAAGACUCCGGUGCUAACUUUGUUGUUUGCCAGUGGGGUUUUGACGACGAGGCGAACCAUCUGUUGCUGCAAAACAAGCUUCCUGCUAUUCGCUGGGUUGGUGGUCCCGAGAUCGAGCUGCUUGCCAUGGCUACUCAGGGUCGCAUUGUCGCUCGUUUCGAAGACCUCAACGCUGAUAAGUUGGGUGAAGCUGGAUCUAUUCGUGAGCUUGAAUUCGGCACUACACAAGACCGCAUGAUCGUUGUCGAGAACUGUGCUAACCCGCGUACUGUUUCGAUUUUGGUCAGAGGCUCCAACGAUAUGAUUGUCGAGGAAGCUAAGCGUGCUCUUCACGACUCGCUGUGUGUUGUGCGCAACCUGGUCCGCGACAACCGCGUGGUCUACGGUGGUGGUGCUGCGGAAAUUGCCGCUUCGCUGGCCGUCUCUGACGAAGCUGAUCAACACGCUGGUAUCGACCAGUACGCCUACCGAGCGUUCGCCAAGGCCCUGGACUCUAUCCCUUUGACCCUAGCCGAAAACUCGGGUAUGAAUGCGAUUGAAGCUCUUUCCGAUGUCAAAUCUAAACAAGUUACAUCGAAGAUGAGCCAGCUCGGUAUCGACUGCCUGGGAUCUGGAUCUAACGAUAUGAAGAAGCUCUUUGUUAUUGAUCCGUUGAUUGGCAAACGGCAGCAGUUCUUGCUGGCCACCCAGCUCACUCGCAUGAUUCUGAAAAUCAAUACCGUCAUUGUUUCUGGUGAGCCCUCGGAAUUCUAG